AUGUCAAAUAAAAUGACAGAUAUGGCCAUUACAUUUGGUUCAUUAUUUUUAAUUCAAAAGAUUGAUUUCACCAAUCCACAAAAUGCAUUCUAUGCACAAUGUACAUUUGGAGCACUUCAAUUAGCUACUUUACUUGUCUAUGUUUACAUUUACAAUAAAGUCAAUAGUAAACCAAACAAUACAAUCGUUCGUGUACCAACCAAUCCACCAUCAAUGUUUUCAAGACCAGAUCCAAAUGAACCAAUGACCGAACAAACUACAACUGAAUACGAUUUAGCUCAAUUAAAGAAAUUAUUCACUCAAUCAUUAUUUUCAAUUGGUAUCACCGUCUUUUUAUUCAUUAAAAUGGGUAUCAUUCAACCAAUGGCCAUGCAAUCUGUUAUGGCUCCACAAAAUUUAUUCAAAAAUAAGCUUUUCAAAAUCUAUAUUUUAGGUCAACCAGAAUCUAAAUUCCCACGUCCUUGGGUUGAAGAAUCACCAUUUUCAAUGGGUCAACCAGCUGCUGAAGAAACUCCAGCAACUGAACAAAUCGAUAAUUCUAAUAAUAUUACAAUUCCAAAAGCAAAAGAUACUAAAACAUCAUCAACUACCACCUCCACCUCCACCUCCACCAAAUCAAGAGCAAAAGUAACCGAAAUUAAUGAAUCUGAAUCAUCUUCUGAAGAAAGCGAAAAAGAAGAAAAAACUAAAAAAAAUAAAAAGAAAUAUUUAUAA